CAGGCUGCCAGGCUUCGGCGGCGUCGCCGUGCCAGGCUCUCCGACCGCGGCCGGGGCCACCCCCCGUGGCGACGGCUCGCGCAGCCUCGUGAGGCCCACAGAGUAAGCGCCUGGGAACGGCCCUCAAACUCGGCCUGCCUUGGUGGCCUCCUGGCGCGAGGGGCUGCCCUCCUUCGGAGGAGGAGCCCCGCCAGCGGCGGCGCGCGCAGCGUCCGUGAGGCCCACGGGGUGCGUGCUGCCGGUGCAUGGGCCGACGGGCCGCCGAGAUAAUUCGCCUCCAGGAGGCGGCAGUGCUGCGAGGGGUGUGGCCUAUUGAGAGCUUGAAGUGCUCUGAGGAGACUGACUCCUCUUUGUACGUACCCAGCGGCACCGUGGCCGCUCCCCGGAAUUCGGAAACAAGGCGCUUUUUUGGAAGGGCCAACACUCUCAUCCAUCGACGCCCAGAGGGCUCGCUGGAGUUUGGAGUAGCACAUGUUGCUGAUGCAGCUGCUGCUGCUCCUCCUCCCACUGCGAGGGGGGGCGGCCGAAUGGCAGCGUGGGCAGCUCUCCAUGCCAAUGCUAGCUGGCGAGCGUCUAUAGGCCGUGGCGUCCUCAAUUGACGGGCCGCAGCGUAAAGGUUGCAAGUUUGUCGCUAGAAUCUCGGCCCAUCUUUCCUCCUCCCCCAUCUCCGUCCCCCCUCCCUCCUCGUGCCCCCCGUGCUCAUCCUCGCUCCUUCCUCGUCAAUGUUGCACCGACGGGCGCGAGCAUGUUGACCAGGCGAACUUCGGUGUCCUGGCAG